GCCCUCAUCUACGUGUCGCGGAAGUAAAUGUCAAAUAUGGUGCUAUGGACUGUACUGAUACAGAGGUAGGAUAAAUAUAUUGCUAGGUAAAAAAGCACUGUACAUCAGCCUGUUAGACACCGUAGGUAUGAUCGAAAUCUCAUUUUGUUCUCUUGAGUUUGCAUAUUCAUUUCAGCUAAUGGAGAACAAGUGCAGUAUCACUUGAAUUGCGAACAUCCUGUACAACUGGAUCUUGCUACUGCUAAAACAGGCAAAGAUAACGCGUAUAAGGAAUGAUGACUUCAGUGUUCAACUGAGGUGAAUCAUCAAAGAGGAAGAACGAUGGACUUUUCUAAAUUCUUGGAUGAUGACUUUGACGUGAAAGACUGGGUCAAUGGGGCCUUUAAGAUGGUCCAGAAAGAUGCUCCUGGCAAGGCAGACGGUCACGCUGCCACACUCGUUAUGAAGCUUCAGCUUUUCAUUCAAGAGGUUAAUAAUUCCAUUGAAGAGAGCAGCAAUCAAGCUCUCCAGAAUAUGCCAAGGGUGCUGCGGGAUGUGGAGUCUCUGAAGCAGGAAGCCUCCUUUCUUAAGGAGCAGAUGGUGAUGGUUAAGGAAGACAUCAGAAAAUUUGAACAGGAUACUGUGCAGUCCAUGCAGGUUCUGGUGGAGAUAGAUCAGGUGAAAUCUCGCAUGCAGCUGGCUGCUGAGGCUCUACAGGAAGCUGACAAGUGGAGUACUCUCAGCGCAGACAUCGAAGAGACCUUCAAGACACAGGACCUGGCUGUGAUCUCCUCCAAGCUGACCAGCAUGCAGAGCAGCUUGGCAAUGCUGGUGGACACGCCCGACUACUCGGAGAAGUGUGUCCAUUUGGAGGCGCUGAAGAACAGACUGGAGGCCUUAGCCAGCCCCCAGAUCGUGGCAACGUUCAGCUCACAGUCAGUCGAACAAGCCAAGCUGUUUGUGAAAGUUUUCACCGAGAUUGAUAGGAUGCCUCAACUCCUGGCUUAUUACUACAAAUGUCACAAGGUGCAGCUGGUGAGCGUGUGGCAGGACCUUUGCCAGAGCGAGCUCCGCCUCAACAAGCAGCUGUCUGAGUUCUACGACACACUGCUGUCUGCCUGGCACACGCAGCUUCAGUGGAGCACUCAGGUGUUCAAGAACCCCUAUGAGGUGGUGACGGUGUUGCUGGUCCAGACGCUGGGGGCCAUGGUCCCCUCCAUCCCCGUCUGCCUCAGCACGGCCAUGGACCAGACCCCCCACGAGGACAAGCUGGAAACCCUACUGGAGCUCUACCAGACUGCGGCCACCUUCGGAAGGAACCUGGAGUCUGCCAUGCUGCCCCACCUUGGUGAGAGCAACCCCUUGAAAGUGAGUGAGCUGGUCACCGCCUUGUACGACCCCUUCAAGGCCUUCCAGCUGCAGUACGCCCAGCUGGAGGAAGCGAAUCUCCUCAUUCAGAUCAGCGCCGUGCCCUUGGAGCGGGGAGAGCUGAUUGACUGCGUUCAGGGGCUGAGUCACUCCGUCGGCAAGCUGUUCAGCCUGGCCGGUUCCGCGGUGGAGCGCUGUGUCAGGCUCACGGACGGCCUGGCCGUGUGCGGCCUGCUCAAGGCGCUGAAGGCUCUCUUCUCCAAGUAUGUGUCUGAUUUCUCCAUUACGCUGCAAUCCAUUCGGAAGAAGUGCAAGCUGGAGGACAGUGGGAAUGCUGCGGUCUUCCAGGAGGACUGGACGGCCUUUCAAAAUUGCGUCAGGAUUAUUGCGACUUGCGGCGAGUUGCUGAGGCAGUGCGGAGCCUAUGAGCAGCAGCUAGCAAACAGGAUCCUCGCAAGCGCGGGGAAGUACCUGUCGGACUCCUACAGCCCCCGCAGCCUGACGGGGAUACAGGAGGCUGGGCCUGCUGAGAGGAAGGCCUCACCCAGGAACCCGUGGCUGGAGUACAACUACCUGCUGAAGGGGAAUGCGGCCGAGUACGCCAGCCUCAUGGAGAUGCUGUACAACCUCAAGGAGAAGGGCACUGGGAACUCCAGUCUGCUGGCCGAACCCAGGGCGGCACUGACCCGCCUCAACCAGCAGGCCAACCAGCUGGCGUUCGACUCGGUCUUCCUUCAGAUCAAACACCAGCUCUGCUUGGUCUCCAGGGUGGAGAGCAGGAGCUCCAGCGGCAUGGGGGAGAGCCUCACGGAGGACCUGCCCACGUUUAGCCUGUCCCCGCUGGAGUACAUCACCAACAUCGGCCAGUACAUCAUGUCCCUGCCCCUGCACUUGGAGCCUUUUGUGACCCAGGAGGACCCGGCACUUGAGCUGGCUCUGCAUGCGGGAAAACUGCCCUUCCCGCCUGAGCAAGGAGAUGAGCUGCCAGAGUUGGACAACACUGCAGAUUACUGGCUGGGCUCCAUUGCCAGGGCGACAAUGCAGACGUACUGCGACGCCAUCCUGCAGAUCCCCGAGCUCAGUCCCCACGCCACCAAGCAGCUAGCCACAGAUAUAGACUACCUGAGCAACGUGAUGGACGCCCUGGGAAUGCAGCCUUCCCGGACCCUGCAGCAGAUCGCCACUCUGCUGAAGGCCAAGCCCGAGGAGUACAGGCAGACCUCCAAGCUGCAGUCCCGCAGACUCGCCGCUACGGUCGCUGCCAUGAGGGGCCUGGAGUACUGAAGGCCGGCCUUCCGGCAGUACACAGGCGUGCUCGAGUGCUCCGUCUGCACCUGGCUCGUCACGCAGCAGGGCAAACCUUUUUUUAAAUUAAUUAAUGAUAAUGAGAAAGCGCCACAUUCUGUCGCUCCCUGCUGCCUCCAGGGAAUGUUUUCACACGGUGCUCUCAGCAGAAACUGAGGCUGAAACUACUUCUGUCACCGUUUCCUGUGUGAGACCUGGCUCAGCUCAGCGCUGAAAGAUUCUGCGUGACAUUAAAUGCAUCACUUUCCUUUAUCUGUGUACUGCUGUUUGCUGUCAUGGCCACCUCACUUUGAUCUGGCAAACAGGAAUGAAAGGAUUGUCCUCACCCACCCAGUGUGGGACCUUUUACAUAUUUACACAUCAUCAAGGCAUCACCAUUUUUUCUGAAAUGUAUACUAAUUUCCAAUGACUUCACUCUUAAUAAAAGUGCUUAUGGAAUAGUU